AUGUAUCCCUUGUCUAUAUCUCUUUCUUAUGUUCCUUUUCCCUUCUCUUAUGUGACCCUUCUCUACCGCUCUUUCUCUCUCUUGUGUAUCCCUCCUCUAUAUUUCUUUCUCUUAUGUGUCCCUUCUCUAUCUCUCUCUCUCUCAUGUGUCCCUUCUCUAUAUCUCUCUUCCUUUCUCUAUAUUUCUUUCACUUAUGGGUCCCUUCUCUAUCUCUCUCCCUUAUUAGUCCCUUCUCUAUCUCUCUCUCUCUCUCUUAUGUGUCCCUUCUCUACCACUCUUUCUCUCUCUUGUGUAUCCCUCCUCUAUAUCUCUUUCUCUUAUGUGUCCUCUCUAUCUCUCUCUCUCUCAUGUGUCCCUUCUCCAUAUCUCUCUCUUAUGUGUCCCUUCUUUAUAUCUCUCUGUCUCUCUUAUGUGUGCCUUCUAUAUAACUCUCUUCCUUAUGAGUCCUUUCUCUAUAUCUCUUUCACUUAUGGGUCCCUUCUCUAUCUCUCUCUCUUAUGUGUCCUCUCUCUAACGCUCUCCCUUAUGAGUCCCUUCUUUAUAUCUCUCUCUCAUGUGUCCCUUCUCUAUAUCUCUCUCUCAUGUGUCCCUUCUCUAUACAUCUCUCUCUCUUGUGUGUCCCUUCUCUAUAUCUCUUUCUCUUGUGUCCCUUCUCUAUAUAUCUCUCUCUUAUGUGUCCUUUCUCUUUAUCUCUCUCUCUCAUGUGUCCCUUCUCUAUCUUUCUCAAUCUCUCUCUCUUAUGUGUUCCUUGCCUAUCUUUCUCUGUUGAGGCAGGAAUACAAAAGACUGAUUUGUCGGUCACCAGUGUAG